CUUUGCAUUUAGCACUCGUGUACAGGAAAUAACCAUCGAUUGCUAAGGAGCACGGAUCGUAGCAGAUAGCACAUCAUGGAUGUCCACACAACCCUCGAUGACACAUGCACGAUGGCACAGACGCCGCGCAAUGACAUUCUGUACGCUGCCGCCGUCGACACGUGCGAAGAUGGCAUCGCUACGACGGCCACCGAAGAAGAGGUUGUCCAAACCACCAACAAGUGGUCCAAGAGACGCCGAGCCAUGGUCGCGCUCGCCACGGCGUUGGUCGUGGUCGGUGGCAUCGUCGCGGCCUUGGUCCUCGUCCAAGCUCCCAACUCCACCACCGUCGCCACCGUGGGUACUGGCGGCGACGUGAGCGUCUGCUACGACUCGUACAACGACGUGAACAUCGCAGCCCACUUCAAAACGAUCCGCCAGCGAUUCACUGGCGUGCGCACGUACCAAACCCGCGGCUUCCGCAACGCGAUCGACGUGGCGGCCGAAGCCGGACUCAAAAUCUACGCCGGCGUGUGGAUUCGAACAGACGAAGGCAGCAUCAAUGCAGACAUGCAGGCCGUGGUGGAUGGCGUGCGCCGCAACCCGUCGGUGGUCAAAGGGGUGUUUGUCGGCAACGAAGAACUCCACGAAGGCAUUGACCAAUGGACGGUGCUCGGGCGCGUGCGCCAGAUGCGUCAGCGGCUGCAAGCGGCUGGGCUGGGCUGGGUGCCCGUCGGGUCGGUCCAAGUGGAUGGCAACUGGGCGGGUGCGGGUGCGCUGGCCAACGAGUGCGACCUCAUUGGGGUCAACAUCCAUCCGUUCUUUAGCGCAGCGUCUGUCUCGACAUGGAACCCAAUCGAAGAUUUGAAAGUUCGGUGGAAUGCCAUGUACAACGCAUACGGGGGCCGCGCGGUGUUGACGGAAACGGGGUGGCCGACCUCUGGAUCACAAUUCUAUGGCCACUGGCCAAGCUUUGACACGGCCAAGAACUACUACUUUCAAGUGCUGGAGUGGUCGAAAGCCAAUGGCGGCAACAUGCCAUCGCACUUUAUGUUUCACGACAACGCGCUCAAGCCCACGGAUUUUGAAAAAGCAUUCGGGCUCGCGUGGUCCAACGGCGUGUGGAAGUGGGACGCCCCCGCCGCGACAGAAGUGAAAGGCGUCGUGUUUGUCAACACAGCCAACAACCAGGUGCUCGCGGCGGUGCCAUCGAGCCGUACAGUCGAGUUCCAUGCCAAGUGGGGCAACGACUGGGUAUGGGACUGGUCUUCGCAGUGGACGAUCCGCGGGCCGCUUAUUGUCACAUGGGAUGCUGCCAACAAGGUGGAUCUGUGCCUGGAUGCGUACGAGGGCUGGAACGGCGGCACUGUGCACUUGUGGCCCUGCGACGCUGCCAACGGCAACCAGCAGUGGAACUACGACGGCAACGCCAAACUCCUUCGACAUGCCAAGUUCACGGGAUUUUGCCUUGACAUGGGGAACGCGAACGGCGGCAUCCCGCACUUGUGGGCGUGUCACGACUCGUGGGACCCGUGGGUGAAGUUGCAGCAACUGGAAUGGUGGACCAAGUAAAACCUCUUGAAUGCACGACGCCAAAGAGGAGUUAGCCGAGAUGCAAGCUGGGCUGGCAGGGACAGUAGUAUUAGCCUGCCAGUCAUCGCUUGUAUGAAAACACACAGACACAAUAACACACUAAUAAUUCGAAUCAAGUAGCAUACAUCCAUCGACCA